CCUUUGUUCUGGCGAGGAGAUUCCUCCUCUGGGACAGAUUCCGGAUGGGCCUGGUGACUGACCUGCAAGAGGAAGGCAGACAUGCCAUCAACUCGCCGAUGUCCCCGGCCUCGGCGGAUGUCCACCCCGAGGACACCCUGCUCGAGGAGAAUGAGGAACGCACGAUGAUCGACCCCACAUCCAAGGACGACCCCAAGUUCAAGGAGCUGGUCAAGGUUCUCAUCGACUGGAUCAACGACGUGCUGGCGGAGGAGAGGAUCAUCGUGAAGCAGCUGGAGGAGGACCUCUACGACGGCCAGGUGCUGCAGAAGCUCCUGGAAAAGCUGGCUGGCUGCAAGCUGAACGUGGCGGAGGUGACGCAGUCCGAGAUAGGGCAGAAGCAGAAACUGCAGACGGUGCUGGAAGCGGUGCAUGGCCUGCUGCGGCCCCACGGCUGGCCGCUCCGGUGGGCCGUCGACUCGAUUCACGGGAAGAACCUGGUGGCCAUUCUCCACCUCCUCGUGUCCCUGGCCAUGCACUUCCGGGCCCCGAUCCGCCUCCCGGAGCACGUGUCCGUGCAGGUGGUGGUGGUGCGGAAGCGGGAAGGUCUGCUGCAUUCCAGCCACGUCACAGAGGAGCUGACCACAACCACCGAGAUGAUGAUGGGUCGCUUUGAGCGGGACGCCUUCGACACCCUGUUCGACCACGCGCCGGACAAGCUGAGCGUCGUCAAGAAGUCUCUCAUCACGUUUGUGAACAAGCACUUGAACAAGCUGAAUCUGGAGGUGACAGAACUGGAGACCCAGUUUGCAGACGGCGUGUACCUCGUCCUGCUCAUGGGGCUCCUGGAAGACUACUUUGUCCCCCUGCACAACUUCUACCUGACGCCAGAGAGCUUCGACCAGAAGGUACGUGCGUGGUCUCCGUCCUCGGGGCGGCCCAGGACGCGUGUGUCACCGCGCACAGCCUGGAGCAUGCCCCCGGUGGCUCUUUUGGGAGUGGCGGGCUGCGACCUGGGCGCCCUGCCUCUCUGUGACCCGGGCGGUGGACACAGCAGACAGGGGCUUCCUGGAAGUGGGGGCUGUCGGUCUUCCAACUGCAGCGUUCCACUGUGGACGUGCAGGCGCGCCGGCCCCGGGUCAGGUGCCCUCACCCCGGGCGCGGUCUCUCUGUUCCCUUCCGCAGAUGUGGUGAACCUGGAUCUCAAAUCCACCCUCCGGGUCCUUUACAACCUGUUCACCAAGUACAAGAACCUCGAGUGACCUCGGAAAGCAGCGGGGACCUCUGCGCGGGACGGGCGGCCCGCCGGCUCCCCUCCAAGCCCCCCCAUUCCCUCCCCACGUGGCCUUGUUUGGGCCAUGGCUCCUCAACCCCUUUGUGUAAUUCCUGUCACUCUGCAGCGGGGAGCAUCCUGGGAAAUGCGGGGCUCCGCACUCCUGUGUGGGGCUCCGCCCUGGGCACCCUGCACCCCCCAGCCCACGGGAGGGGCACCCUGCCGUCCUCUGCACCCGGCGAUCGGCGACCCCGGCGAUGAGAACGCAGGAGCUCUGGCCGAGCUGUGAGACUUGCCGGAGUGAUUGGGGCACUCACUCUCCUCGGAAGCAAAAUCUUUUCAGGACAAAGUAUUUUAUGGUUUUAAAAGCUGCUUGCAAAGUCCCCGAAGCUUUCGAUGGGACAGGAGGUCCGCUUCUUGACCAGUGUUCUUUCAUUUGCUUUUUGCACGAACAUCUAAGACCCAGAUGCCCCGGCCGCUGCGGCGCGGGAGGAAGGUUUGGCUGAGGCUAUUUCUGGAUUUCUUUUCUUCUGCUGCUGCUGCUGCUUCUUUUCUUGUUUGUUUUGUGACAGCCGAAGGGGCCGUCAGGAGCUACAUCUAAAGUGUUGCUCGAUACAUCUCAGAGGCCCUGUUUGGGAAUAGAUGUGUUUUUUAAACUUCUAGAAAGGGGGCUCUGUCAGCUGGCCAGGGGCUUCCAGAAAUAGUGCCGCAUGCCCAGGCGGCAGAGACAGGUGCCAGGCCCGGAGGCCAGAGGUCCAGCGUCACGCUGUCGGCUUAUAGAUAGCCUUCCUCUCCGUGUCCCUAUGAGUGUCUGUGUCCUGAUCGCUUCUGAAGACACCAGUCACGAUAGGUUGGGGCCCCCACACGACCUCACUUUAACGUACUGACCUCUGUCAAGACCCCGUCUCCAAACACACUGACAUUCUGGGCCCUCGGGGUGAGAGCUUCGGCAUACGGGUUCCGGGGGACCCCGCAGCCCUUAGUGGGGGGACGUGGAGUGCUCCUCCCCCUCCUCCCGAGUGUGGCUUUCUAGAACCCUGCUGGCCUCCCCCCGGGUCACUCGGGGCCACCUGCUCCUCGUCCCCCGCUCACUGUGGCUCAGGAGGGAAACAGGGCCUCCUCCGCGGGGUUCCAGGCACCUGCUCACCCCACACCCGGGGCCCCCGCACCUCAGCCUGCAUCCCGGGCCCUUGCUACCCAGCAGGACGGGCCCUUCUCUUCCCUUAGGUGUCCCCUUCCCGCCAUCGAUGGGCGCUGCCGGGCCGGCCCGUUGGUACUAAAUCGCAGGCUGGUGCCCCUGACUCAGGAACAGCUUACUGUCCCGGCUCAGGCCCGCGGGUGCCGGGCUGGGGCCGGUUUCAGAAUUGCUGUGUGGAUGGAGAGGGUUUCCCAGCAGGGGAAACAAGUAAUUAAAACAGUAUUACCAUGUUUCCUACGGGAUGCAGUGACAUUCAAGAUCCACAUUGAUAAAAUGGCCAAGCCUGGAAGGUUCUGAGCUGACUUCAUUACCCGCGUAGGAUCCCAGCAACCCAGGGCCCUGGGGACCCGUGGUCCGGCCCCUUUCUCAGGCGGGCUUGGCGAGGGUGUGCUGAUCCCUGAGGGCCCGGGGCGCCGAGAGGGUGGGGGCAGCAGGCUGGGGGACAUGGGGUUUGGAAAGAACAUAGCCUCGGGGUUUUCAGCCCAGGCAGGAUCUGCACCACGAACGGGAGGAAAUGGUCCUGGGGGGCAGGGGGCCCCGUUUUCCCGGGCAGGGAGCCCAGACCAAGCCCUCAGUGUUUCUAGUUGGGGGGGAAGAGGGAUGCAAAGAUAUGGGUCAACUAUACCCAGGCAUGUUGGCCUCACGGUGCUGACCACUCUGUUCUAGAAAAACGUGUCAUCUGUCCUAACUGGUUUUAUUCAAGCUGGAUCAGAGCCGUGCCUUCUGCACCCCCGUGAAGGGCCCUCGAGCCGUAUGCGUCUCAUUUCCCGCCCUUCCCUGUCCAGUGAGAACCGGAGUUGAAAGCGUGGCCUGGACAUUCACAUGGCGGGGGUGGGGGGGGUGUGGCUGUGAGAGAGAGCAGGGCCCACUCCGGACGGUCGCUCAUCCUCAGGUCAGCCCCGUUGGCCUAGCCGCCAUAUUGUCAGGAUGUGGGUUUCAGGAUCUGCCAGGCUGGGGCAUCUUCUUGGGGUGACGGGCAGCAAAGGCAACUUUUCUUAAUCCCAGAAGGUUCUAGAACCCUUCCUCAAGUGACCCGCAUUUUCAGUGAAUCCUGUUUCCAUGAAGGGAGGUCCUCACAGGAACUAAGUCAAAGCAAGAUCAUUUGCACCCGAGCGGCAGAAGCUCAAGGUGACGGGGGCCCGAGUGCGGGGUCACCUUUAAUCCCUCUCCGGGUGGCUUUGUUUGUGUCCUCCGCUGGCCACAGGGAGGCUGCCUGCAGCUUCGCUUCCCCUCUGACAACCGCCGCUGUGUGCCCGUGUCCUAACGUGUGUGACAAAGAGCUGUGUUUCAAAGGAACCGAAUGCUUUUCUCGCCUCCUUUGUCUUUUUAACUGUCCUGAGCAAUGUCUGUCUUGGAUUUCUGGAUACGAAAGGAAAGCCACUAAGACCCUGGCCGUGUUGCUGACGCCGCCGGCGGGCCGAGGCCUGUCCUGAGUGCCACCGGCCAGCCCGCCCCACCGCAAGCCUGACCUCCUCCCGAGCCGGGGGCUUGGCGGUGCCCCGCAGGGCACACAGCGUGCUGCUAUUUAUUCCAAUAAAGGGCUCGAGAGCACGGA